UGACAACACCUGUGUGUCACGUGACAAAGCUAUAUAUUACACGAGAAACAUACCACCAAGCCGGUCACUUUUUCGAUAUUUUGUAAAUAUCUAUGAAAAUGAUUAAGCACUAUUUCGGUGAAUCAUGUGAGAUACUUAGCCUCAUUGGCGCAUUAACGACCGGAUUAAUAGCUUUUAAAGUAGCAGUUGGAAUUUUCAGAUUUUUAAAUGCUCAUUUUAUAUCUGGAGCUUUCGGAUUAUCAGCUAAUCUCAAGAAAGCAGGUUCAUGGGCAGGUAAUAUUUUUAAUAUUAGUAAUAAUAUUAAUAAAAUUAUAAAUAAAAUGGCUGAUAUUAAAGAGGGAUGCCAUGGCGUCUUUUGUGUGUUUAUUAUUUAUAGUUGCAGUGAAUUAGGGGUUAGGUUGAGGGAUCGAUUUAGGGUUCAGGCUAGGCAUAGGCAUCGAUUUAGGGUUGGGCAUAGGGAUCGAUUUAGGCUCAGGUUCAGGUUAGACAUAGGGAUCAAUUUAGGGAUACAUUCAUGAAAUUUGAUAAAAAUGUGGCAUUCGUCCUUAAAAUUUACCAAUAAAAUAAUCAUAUAAUUAUAUGACUGGCAAUGGUAUUAAUCCAUUACCGUGCCAAUAAAAUCAAUUUAUACUAACAAUUAACGGUCAUGGCAACCAAGAUGGAGGCGGUGUAAAAAGAAUUCAUAUCUGCUAAAAUGAGGAGGGCAAAUGAAGAGAAUUGAAUGUACAAUUUUAACUAUUUACUGAAAAAAACGUAACGAAAAUGUUCAAAUUUAAUUUAAAAAUUUCCGUGGGUAAAUAAAUUUUGCAGUGAACGUAGCUACUUUAUUGGGUAAUUUAGGAGAAAGGAUGCCAUGGUUUCGGCAUGAUUUUCCCAAUGGCCGCCAUCUUGGUUGACACGACCCUUGAAGUGUCAACCAAGAUGGCGGCCAAAAAAGUAGUGCAAAAUAUGCGUUAUUAAAAAGGAAGGAGAGGGAGAAAACAUAUGAUCAUUCAACUAAAAAAUAAAGGGAAAAAAUGGAAUUAAUAGCAUUUUUUGGAAAAGUUCGUCCAAAAAAUGUAAAAAGAACAAAAAAAAUUUGGUAAUUUUUGUAUAAAGGCGAAAAAUUAAUUAAAAAAAACAACAACUUAAAAUUAGGCCCCCAAAAAAGCAUGCAAAUGUAAUGAAAUAAGAGCCAUAAAUCGGACCCUAAACCUAACCUGAACCCUAAAUCUAAUCCCUAAACCAAACCUGAACCCUAACCUAACCUGGGUUUUGACCCUAACGGAACCAGGCUUUUGACCCUAUCGGAACCUGAGUAUUGACCCUAUCGUAACCAGGCUUUUGACCCUAUCAGAACCAGGGUUUUGACCCUAACGGAACCAGGCUUCUGACCCUAUCGGAACCUGAGUAUUGACCCUAUCGGAACCAGGCUUUUGACUCUAUCGGAACCAGGCUUUUGACCCUAUCAGAACCAGGGUUUUGACCCUAUCGGAACCAGGCUUAUGACCCUAUCGGAACCUGGAUUUUGACCCUAUCCUGAAAGAGGCUAGUAAAAACACGUGGAAUUUACAUACUGGUAAAAAAACUAAGAAAAUGAACAAAAACAAUAAAAAAUUGCCAAUAAUUGAAAAAUAAAGAGAUAAUGAAAACCCAACUUACAUUUUCAUGAAAUACACUUUUACACACUUUAUCAUAGGUUCCACCUAAAAGAAUAUCCAGAAAAUGAAUAAAAUACAAGGUCAUGACCACAAGACGUGAAGACCAAAUAAAUCAAAUAUGGCGGAAAGAAAUAUACCUUAUAAAGACCCAACCAAUCAAAAUUAUAAUUAAUCAACCAAUUAAAAUUUUAAUACAAAACAUGCCAUGGGCGUAUGAAUACUAAUACAUAAAAAAAAUAAUUCUCUAAAAAUAAACAAAGGGAAGUGACUCCCACACGUAAACACCCAAAAGACGUUGUUGCAUCAUAUCUUAGUUUUAGCCCUUUAUUAUAUCCCUCUAGAUAUGCGGCAAGAAAAGUCAACAACCUGUGGUGGCUUCCUUUCCUCGCGUAAUUUCUGCCGGUAUAUGCUCCAUUCCCUCAAUUAACACUGGUGAGACAAGCCAAAGAAAUAACUUGAGAAAAACAACACACAUUAACUUCCACUUCCUAAGCUAAGAUUAGAUGGACAUGACAUUCUGAUAUUUCAGUACACCUAACUGAUGUUGCUACCAAUAUUUAGAAGAUGCUGAUACACAUUGAUAUAUGAAUAUAAUUUAAAAACUUGGUUGAACCAUAAAUUGAUUUAGUUUUGUUUAUGCACCACCAACAUAUCUAGACAUUUAAAUUUACUGGUAACACAAUCUGGGACAGCAUGCUUCUGUCUUCUUGUUCAUGACCUUUUAUUUUGCUGUGAAGAACUCAAAAUCUUUUCUUUUUUUUUGGACAGCCAAGUAAAAAAUACAGUUGAGCUAUAACAUAUUUUUGUUUUGAAGUGGCUAUUCGAACCAGGGAACCAGAAGGGAGAGGUUGGGAUUAAAAAACUAUUUUAAAAAAAUAUUAUUGUUGGGUUUGUAAGACAAAGUCAGGUAUCAAAUGAAAGAUAAUUGAAUGGACUAUAUGUUUGUAAACUUACUUAUUCAGUUUAACUAAAAUAAAUUGCCACAAAUGACAUCCAAUUAGCAUUUUAAAAUGUAAUUUUAAGUCUUUUGCUUCAUGCUAUGCAAAUUUAAUAAAAUAAUAUUCUAAUCAAUUACAGUUUAAAUUUUUAUAUAUUUUUUAAAUUAUAAUUUCUGCUUUAUUUAUUUUAGUUUUAGUAUUUAAUUUGUGUUUGUGCAUAGCUAUUCUGUGCAAAAACAUCAUUUUGUGUUUGUUUAUUUAUACUGCACUAUUAGUCAUUGAAAGUCUUGCAACAGAGUAAUUUUAAGGAACAAUGAAAAACUCUAACAAGGAUUUACAAGAAUGAAAAAACUAUAUGUGAUGAAUGAAAUUUAUUUCCCAAUGCUUUUGUUGUGUAAAGUCAAUUUACGACAAAGUACUUGACUAUUCUUUAUCAUAACUAUAAAAUAAAAAAUAUGCUGUAAAAAUAAUGAAUACUCCUCACUCAAUCAAUAUAAUAUAAACUACAUGUAUCAAUUAUGUAAUUUUGCUUUUUGAUGUAAACAUUUAGAUGUAUCUAAAAUUGUAUCCAAGUCAGCUAAAGCGCCCCAUGCCCAUAUGAGUCAUAUCAAUGAUAUCAUGUCAAAUACUUCCAAAAGUAAUGGCGGUUCCUUCAAGGGUUCCUUCAGCACUCUCAUUAGUCAUCAUUCCAAGCUCCCCCCUACAAAAACCUUUGCUUAUCCCCAUGAUUAUGUUAUGGUGUAUGGUAUAUUAUGUUGAGUUUUUCAAAUUCAGUCACAAAAUAAUUUUGUAAUUAAAAUAUUUCAAUUAAUUUCCUUUUAUUAUUUCAUAUGAUCAAAGUAAUCACUGGAUGCACAGAUGGCAUUGGCAAAGCUUAUGCUGAGCAGGUGUGUAAAAGAUAUUAAUUACUUAAUGGGAUUUAAGAUGUUUCUGUAUAACCAUUAUUUAUUGAAUAAAAAUUUUAUAUUAUUUUAUUUUACAAACAUUCAAUGUAAAAAUAUAAAAAAUGAUUUCUAUAGCAAGAAGUGCUUGAUUGAUUAAGUUCUAAGUUCUUUUAAUUACGAUUAUUUUGCCUUUGAAACUAAAUCAGUGGGAAUGCAAUCAUAAUGUUAAGUACAGUGUUUUGUCAGUGUGACUUGAAAUAAAAACAAAUAAAAAAUUUAAAAAUCUGCUUAUAUAUAUAUAAUAAUAAAAGUUUCACCAUGUGACAAAAAGAACCAAUCAGAAAAUAAGAUCACUUUCUUUUCCAGGGAAAAUAGGUACAUUACUUAAAAUAAUUAAAUUUGAGGAACAGUGGGUUUUUUUUCUUUGUUUUUUUUUUAAAUUUUAUUUAGCUUUAUAGAGGAAUCCAUUACAGUUGUCAUAAAAUUUGAUAGUGUGAUCUAAGCUAUACUAAGCACAGGAAAUGUUCCAGCAGACUGGAGAACAGCGCAUGUCACUCCAAUUUACAAGAAAGGAGAGCAUUCCGACCCUGCCAACUAUCGUCCGAUAUCCCUCACUAGCGUCGUCUGCAAACUGUUGGAGCACAUAAUCGUAAGCUCUGUCAUGAAGCAUCUUGAAAGCCAAAAUAUACUCAAUGACUGUCAACAUGGCUUCCGAGUCAAUAGGUCAUGUGAGACCCAGCUUCUCGAAUUUGUAGAAGACUUGAUGACCAAUCUGGAGAACCACAAGCAGACUGACGUGCUAGUAAUGGACUUCGCAAAAGCAUUUGACCGGGUGAAUCAUAGUUUGCUUCUACACAAACUCCAGAUAUAUGGGAUUCAAGGCACCACUAAAACAUGGAUCUCUAGCUUCCUCAGCCACCGACGCCAAGCAGUAGUGGUGGGCGGUACAAGCUCCUCCUUUGUCAAUGUGAAGUCAGGGGUCCCCCAGGGAUCAGUCCUGGGCCCCUGUUUGUUCCUAGCAUACAUUAAUGACCUACCGGAGAAACUGACAUCACAGGCAAGACUGUUUGCAGAUGACACAGCAGUGUAUAGGACGAUCGCCAACAGAUCUGACCAGGACCAGCUACAACAGGAUCUCAAUCUGUUAGCUGAGUGGGAGAUGAGCUGGGACAUGGAAUUUCACCCUGCCAAGUGCCAGACACUAUCAAUCUCUAGAAGUUGUACUCCUCUACACUACCAAUACGAACUGCACGGCCAUAUUCUUGAGCAAGUUUCCUCCGUAAAGUACCUGGGUGUUACCAUUCAAAGAGAGGUCCGCUGGGACGAGCAUAUUAACAAUGUAUGUAACCAAGCAAACAAGACCCUAGGGUUCUUAAGGCGAAAUCUAAAGAUUGGCAACUCCUGUGUGAAAGAAAGAGCAUAUAAAGCCUUUAUCCGUCCGAUUUUAGAUUAUGCAUCUUCAGUCUGGGACCCAUUUACCCAGAAGAGCAUUGACAGGUUGGAGGCGGUCCAGCGACGAGCAGCACGCUUUGUCCUAAACCGCUACAGGAAUACCUCUAGUGUUGGCAGCAUGCUAGAAACACUAGGCUGGUCACCAUUGGAGAAACGACGACGACAAUCCAGGCUCUCCAUGAUGUACAAGAUAAAUAAUGGGCUGGUCCACUGUUCCAGUAUUAAACAGAAACUCGUCCCUCUCCCCCAUAGACAGCGACGAGGCCAUGACAGGCAAUUCAGGCUCAUACCAGCAAGAAGCCAGUAUAGGAGCUGCUCAUUCCUGCCCAAGACAAUCAGGGACUGGAACAAUCUUUCAAAAGGAACGGUUGAGGCGACAACACUAGACACAUUUGUGUCUAUUGCCUCAAGCCUUCAAACCCCCAGUGCAUGAUUCCCUCACAAAGUGGCACUGGAAAUCUGUGAAAUUUCCUCAUCAACACCAGGAACAGAAACAUUGAAAAUCCCAUCUACAUGCAUAGGAGCCAAAAUGAUCAAUAAAUUGAUCGUGGGCCCUUAAGAUAUAGAAGAAGAAGAAGAAGAAGCCUUUAUUGGAUGAAUUUAAAAACUAGUGAAUGUUGGCAUCUUAUGUAGCUGUUAACAUGUAUUAGGGUCAACUAUCUAGUGAUGAAAGCUUUUGGUCAACUUAUUUUUGUUUAGUUUGUCUCAUUUCAAACCAUACCGUAUAUUUUGUUUCCUCAUUUAUUGAUUAUUUAUAGAUUGCUAUUUUUUUGUAUUUUGUAGGUCACAUUUUAUUAAAAUAAAAUCAAUAUCUGUAUUGCAACCAUAAUAAAGCAAUUACUUGUGUUUUUCAAGGUUAAUAUGUAAUAAAUAACUAGAUAUGAGCAAUGUACUUGCUGCUCUACUUUUUCAUACGGGGUAUCCGUCAUCAUUAAUAGUUAUUGCCCUUUGUCUUAAAUUUUAUAAAAUUUCUGUUGCAGCUUGCAGCCAAAGGCCUUAAUGUUGUUUUGAUCAGUAGAACCUUGUCUAAACUGAGCGAAAUGGCUAAAGAAGUUGGUGAGUUUAGUUUGUGGCUGUUACACUCAAAACAACAACAAUCGGGGUCAGAUUUCCUUAUAUGCUUAGUACCUUUAAGCCAAGGGGCUCUAAACAUCUAAGUGGGCCUCAAAAUUUUGGAAGCCACAUUUUAUAUAUUUAUUUACUAUCUUAAAAAAAUUAUUGAAUAUAAAUUUUAAAUCAUACAAAUUCAAAUAAUAUCAUUUUUAAUCAAAUAAUCACACAUUAUUUAACUUAAUUGUAAUAAAGACAUUUCAGGAAUGAAGCCAAUGAUUCAAUGAUGUUUUUAAGAAAAUGUAAUGUAUGUUAAAGUUAUUGGAACAAUUUUGGUCAUGUGACUUGGGUUGUUUUCAAUAUAGGGAGCAAAUGUAUUCCAACUUCCAAAAGAAAAAUUCAGUUUAAAAGUUGUAUUCCUUUAGUAAAUUCAUUUGACUCUAUUUCAUAAGAAGAGCUGCUAUGUGCACUGACAUUAUAACAACUUUUCUUUUCUUGCUAACGUGACAGCCUAGAAGCAAGACAUUUAGAAGGGUGUUUAACUUUUGAAGGAAACAUCCUGGAGAUUUUGAUCUUGAACUGAUAGAUGAAUGAAUUUUUCUCUUUCGUUAUUAUGUUAAACAAAACCAUGGCACACAGAAGAGCUCAUUCUGUUAUAUCAAAAACUUAUUCAAAUUGCUGUGGAACCCAAUUAUGUCGCCGGCCUCUGGCUUUGCCAAAAAGCAUAGAGAUAACCGAUGAUCGAGAUAAACGAAAACUAAUAAGGCGGCAAUAUUCACGUGCUUGAAAUUUCUUUACACGAUGUGCGUUUAUAAAUGAGAAUGUACUUGCACAUAGUUUUGGAGUUGUUUUUUUUUACAGAACAGCAUUACCGCGAUUUGUUUGAUGAAGCGAUCAGCAUGCUAUAAAAAUGUACUUACAUGUUUGUUAACAACACAAUGCUUAUGUGGGUAAGCACUUUUCCAGAUAAUCCCGGAAUUCCAAAUUUGUGAGGCUAAAUAUUUUUCAGCUCCGGAAUCGCUAGUUUUAUUUUCUCUUGCUCCGGAUUCACCAGUUCAGUUUAUUCAAAUAGGGAUUCUGGGUUUUAAAACAAAAUCAACGUGUAUGAACGCAUGAAAGCUUAUUAAGGGACAAGCGGGUUCACUAUAAAUAGAAAAGGUACUGCGACCUCUCUCUUUUAUUUGCACGCAUCUCACUCCUUGCUUCUUGCUGUGUCAAGUUAAUAGCAUAGAUAAUGAUAUUAACAUUUCAUUUUAAUUACUGCAGUUUGAAGUAGGCACGUUUCUGUUGUAUGUAAUUUUUAAAAGCCGGUGAUUGGUCAUGGGGAUUGAGAUAACCGAGAUUAAGUGGCAAAUUGGCCUUUUGGUGCUCGAGAUAUCAGGGUUCGGGUUGACAUAAUAAUAAUAGAAUAGACAUAACUGAGGAAAAAAUGCUAAGGUAGAGAGAAACUUUGGUGGUUCCAUUUCAAAAACGUCGACAUAACAUGGUUGGCAAGUUAACCGAGAUUGAGAUAAGUGUGUUCGACUGUAUAUGCAAGGAAAAAUCCAGAUGCCCUUCCCUAAUUUGGAAAUAACCUUAAUGACUAUUUCUUUGUUUCAUGGUCCCUAGCUGAUCAAUAGAGAGGUCUUUUUCAGAACAAAAAAUUAUUUUUAAUAGAAUUCAGGAAAAGAAUGUCUGAGGGGUUAUCCGCACUGAGCAUUUUCAGCAUUUAAAGUGAUAAAUUAAGAAAAACUGAUUUCAAUGGCCUUUGGAUGAUCAUACUAUGAGCAAGGAUAAAAGAGGUCAUUUUAGUCUUAAUUUCAUCAUUUCUUUUUGUUUAUUUAUUAAGAUAUAUUAUAAAAUAGAUCUUUUUUACUUUUUUAAUUUUGGUUGGAAAAGUGGGAUGGUAAUUGCAGGUGGCCUCAACAUUUGAAUAGCCUAGCACCUCUUGUUAGCUAAAUCUGGCCCUGAAAGCAAUAUUAGCUGACCAAUUGUUAGAUUCUUGAUAUAUUCCUUUGUUGCAUAUCGUAUAUUUAAAUUGUUAAAUGAAUACAGCUGUUUUGUGCUUCAACCUACGAGUUGGUGACAUUAUUUAUAAUUUCUACAAUUAAUCUGAUACCAUUAUUUGUCAAAUGCACUUGUAAUUUAUAAUUUUUAGGAUAUAUUAGGUGACUGUAUGACUGAAUAAUUGUAGCAAUAAAGCUAGGUACAGAAAAAGUAGUUGAAGGCAUUAAAUGGGAGUUGGUGUAACAAUAAACAUUAAGUUAAGUGGUUUAACACAACAUCUGCUGUGUAUUUAUUUUGACCAAAAGCAAAAAAUCUUUACCUAGACACAAUCACAUGUUCCUGAAUAUAAAAUUUUCUGAGGCGCAAUAAUUAUUUACUGAAGCAUCAAAAAUGUUGUUUUGAAACAAUUUUUCAGAAGAGAGGUUCAAAGUAAAGACACUUGUUAUUUCUGCUGACUUCACUCAAGUAGACAUUUAUGAUGAUAUAAAAGCCAAACUUGCCAACCUCGACAUCGGAGUCCUGGUCAACAAUGUGGGAAUGUCUUAUGAUCAUCCUGAGUAUUUCGGAGAGGUGAACCAACCAGAGGUAACCAGUGUCUUCAGUUCUUUAUAGAAAUUUAAAUAAAAUAGAGUAAAUAAUCACAGCUUUUAGGUAGUGGAUGUGUCAGGUAUAGAAGUGUAGUACAGGCCAGGGUGAUGAUGUUGGUUUUUUUUUUACAAGGUCAACGCCCUGGUUUCAAUCUAUAUGUAAUAAUAAUUGAAUGUGUCUCUACCCUAGCUCCUGUAAACAACAACUUGUAUGAUCUGUCCACAUAUAAAAACUACAAUACAUAGACAAUACAGGAUGGGUGUGGCAAACACUCAGCCAAAAGAUCGACCUGGUUAAGAUCUGUCCUGUCACUCUACAUCUAAUAAUAAUCUUAUAUCUAAUCGACAUAGCUUGAAGGAUGGCUAACAUUUAACCCCUGCUAUCACUCACAACUGUAUAUAUUUCACCACUUCUUUGUUCAUACCGAUUAUCAACCAAUCAGAUUCAAUUUCAUGGCUUGUAUCUAAGUUCACUAUUUAUUCCUGUGCUGCAUGACUCUAAAAUAAGCAGAGUCGUUCUAAUACCUUGACAACAGCCUUCUCUUUAAUUAUUAAAAAAUCUUUUUUUCUUUUCUAAUGCACUUUAACACCUCUACAUACUUUUUUUUUAAAACUUUGUGCCCAUUUGAUGGAUUACUUCAUAUUGACAAGAUCUUGGGCUUGAAAUAAAUUAGUUAAGCUGAAUCUUCUUGAAACUUUGAACUGAUCUGAACUGAUUAACAUAUUUCUGUAAGGGGUCGUUCGCACAAUGUGUCACUCUGAAAGGGGACGGUGAAAGUAAAAAAAUUUGUGAUGCCACAAAUUUUUUUUUUUUAAAUCUAAAAUUUUCAAAUUUUGAAAUUUCUUUAUUCAAUCAGUAUAAAUACAUUAGAGGUCGAAAUUGCCUCAGAUAUAAUAAGUGCCAUGAAACUGAGUAGCACACACCUUCUGCGCAUAUUGAAACAUGACGCCAAACUGUUUUUGCCAAUUUAUAUUCUGCUCUGGGAGGACUUUCUGUUUUACGUCACAGUUUUCUUAUAAUACUACAUCUUAACCUUUAUGAUUAUGGGGGGGGGGGGGGGUUAAAAUAUUUGCACUAUUCGUAGCUAACACUUUUUUGCCAAUUUUUUUUUUUUUAAAAAUUCAGCGAACACACUGUACUACGCUGACACACAACUCGGUACCAUUGUAAGCAUGGAUCUCCNGAGGAAGACAAAGAAAAAGAUGGGAGGAUAACAUCAAAGAGUGGACAGGACUAACACUGGGCGAUGCUGUGCGCAGUGCAGAAGACAGAGACGAAUGGAGGAGGAUAGUUCACAUGUCAUCUGUGGCGCCUCAACGGUCCAAGGACUAAGGGACAUGAUGAUGAUGGAGUGGGAUCUGAAAUGGUCAUUUUUGCAUGACGUAAUUUACUAAUGACCCCUAACUUGUAACGGGAAAAAAUAUUUGACAUAAUCAUUUUAUAAUUUCUAUUUCUUUUCUACCUGCAUUUGUAAAACAAUUUUCACAAUAUGAUGGUGCCAUGAUCAAAUUUCACCUAAAUGUUUCCUAUUUUUUAAUUUCAUGUGACAAUGAAGAAAUGCAGUAACAUGUUUUAUUUUUUUGAAUGAACCUUUUAAUUUCAACAAACUGACAAUACAAAAAUUAACUAAUGCAGGGUAAAAAAAUGUUGUACAAGAGAUUUCAAUUCAAAAGUACAUUUUCUCAGUUAAGGCGAUUUAAAAUAUUUUUCUCCCGAGUAUCUUAUCCUACUGGUACCCUUACUAAGCAACAAAACUUUCCCAGUGUUUCCCUAGGUUUGUAGAGACAUAUCACAAUUGAGCAAUGCUUAUGAUACUAAUGUAGUUAACAAAAUUUACGCUAUAAAUCUGUCAUACAUCAUUUAAAUAAUGGGCACCAUAGUCUAGAGAUAUUGAUCUAAACAUUUGGUGGGUUCUCAACGUGAUGUGCAGUUGGAAGGUAAAAUUUUCAUUUUUAACAAAUAUAUUGACACUUUACCUCAGUAUAGCCAUGAGUAUUAUUGUGGUAUUUUUAAAGAAAAUUGAUCAUGAAAAAUGUAAAUAUAGAAGAUAUUUAAUAAUAACUCCUUAAAAAGAGCAUUAAGUACAAAGUAAGAAGUGUUCUCUAUUUAGGGUGUUUGAUAUUAAUUUUAUUAAUUGAAAAAAAAUGAGUUACCAUAUAUAUAGAGAUAAAAAGUAUGAUGAAAAAUGAUAAAAAGUAAAUUAAUGCUGAUACUGAUAUGUCUGUGAACAUUCUCAACAUAACAAGUGAUUUCCAGGGUUGAUUUGUGUAUAACAUGAUAUUGCAGAGGUAGGAAAUGAGAGGUCAGCUAGAAAGGAAAAACGUUUUCACAACAUCACCUUUUUUUUAGAAGAAUUAUCAUACAAAUCAGAUAAAUUGUUAUUUACUAUUUUAAUAGGCGUCAUAACAACAAUAGCUAAUACCAGAAAUGCGUCAUAGUAUCUAAUUGAUUACAUGAAACAGGACAAUAGCUAACAACACAACUGUUCUAAAUACAUCAAGCAAAGGAGCCAGACACUGUACUCAAUGCCAGCACAUCUCAACAUAACACUGAUCAGGUCAGAGUUUACAAUCUCAAAUUGUACAUGGUAUAAACAUGAGCCAAGGUUGAACAUAAAACAGUUUUGAUAGGCCGGGCAGUGUUGUUCUUGUGAUGUAGACUUGGAGAUUGGCAAUAAUCUGGGUCAUAUUCGAUCAGGGCUAUAGUUUCAAGUUGUCCAGGCAGUGGCACAAAGACUCCUUCAAACUCCUUGAAACCCAAGGGAAACACAUAAGACUUCUUGUAUGCCAAGCUUUUAUUUACGUAAUGUGUAAUUGCCCAUAUAUAAUAAUCAUCUUCCAUGUAAAAGAAUAUAUCGAUGAAAGGAAAUUUUGAGUUUUUCCUAAAGAACUUCCAGUGCAUGUUAGGAUUUACUAACAGCUCAUAGCCAUCAAUACAAGACAAGGUGUCCCUUACAUGCCUCCAUAUGGUACCGUUGACUGAUAUAUCAAUGUCAUCAUCCCAUGGUAUCAUCCCACGGUGGCGAUAAGCUCCAAGCAGGGAUCCAUGCACCAGGAAAAAACUGAUGUUUGCUUUAGUGAGAAUAUCCGCCAGCUCUACAUACAAAGAGAUGAGAUCGCAGCGUUCUGGUGGGGUAGUCAUUGGUAGGAAGGGGUUGUCAGGGCUGAAGUUACCUAUCCCCUCAUAUUUUUUAUGUUGUGUGGACAGGCAUUUCUUCAUAUCAAACAAUGCUGUUGGCUUUGGUGUCUUUGGUCUUUCAUUAAUGCAUUCAAAUUUUGACACAUUGACGGGUGCUUCUGUGAGGAACAGGAUUUUCAAGACUUGCAGUGUACCAAUGGGCACCCAGGAUUUGGGCCAGAUUGGUUUUAAUAUGAGAUUUCUUGUUUGUGGCACAAAUAGAGCAGAAAAUAUAACGAAUGAAAGAAUGAAUACACUUGAUUUCCUCAGUCUAAACAUCCACCCCAACCUCUGAUGUUGUCUGAUUUUUCUAUACAUGUUUGGUGCCACAAGUUGAGAUUCAGCCCUCUUAGUUCAUGUCUUUAUAUCACCAUGGCAACUUUCUUGUCAAUCUGUUGGAGAGAAAGUGUUAAAAGGCAUAUUUUAAAGCAAUCUAUUUCAAAUUUGAUUGGUUCUUUUUUUUCCUUCUAGAUCUCAAAGCUGUUGGUGUCAAGGCUUUAUCAUUUCAUCCUAAAUUGCAUGUGCUCUUAAUUUCAUUUUUAGUUUUAAAAUAUAAUAUUGCAUCUUAUAAGAAUUUGUCCUCUAUUCCAGUUUGUCCAAAAUAUAAUCCACAUGAACUGCACAUCAGUAGCGAAGGUAAAUAAAAUAAUUUAUGAAACUAUGUUAUUAUGUAGAUCAUGUUUUCAUGAGAAUUGUUAAUUUGUAAAGGUUGAAUAGUUUUAAUUUCAACAAACGCUAAUUGUAAUAUUUGGAAAAUUUCACUCAUGCAUUUUUUCAUCCACUGUUCAUUUAAUGUUCAUUUUUGUCAUAUUUAUAUCAUUAGCUCAAUGUUUAUUUUAUGCCUUGAUAUACUAAUGUAUGGCUCUUUGUCUAACAGGCAAUAAUAAUACAUUUUAUAUCUUUAAGAUGACUGAAAUUGUUUUACCAGAAAUGACCAAAAAAGGGUGUGGUUACAUCAUCAACAUUGGAUCAAGUGCUGGCUCUAACCCCACCCCCUUUCUCACAAUUUAUUCAGCUACAAAGGUAAUUUUUUUGCUAGUUGUAUACCAGUACAUGUUUUCAUAAAAAUUCUGAUUCAUGGGUUCAAAAUUUUAUAUAUAUAUUUUUUUUUUAAAUUUCAAGAUUGGCACAAAUGAUUUAAAACAUUUCAUUUCCAAUUUAUAUUUCAAGAUUUCUGAAAAUUAUCGUUAUCAGUAGUGUACAGAUGAUUUAAACUGCAUCUGAUUUAAAUAAACUGAGACGGAAUGAAAAGCUAAAAUACAUUAUUUUUCAUUAUUAUUAAUGUUGUUCUUAGGCGUUUGUUGAUACCUUCAGUCAAGGUUUGCAACAUGAAUACAGCAGCAGAGGCAUCACCAUUCAGGUAAGGUUAACCCUAUAACUGCCAAGAAAAAAAUUCUUUAGUGUUAAGCCAUUUUAGCAAUUUCAUAUGCUUGUCAAAAAGGACAAAAAUCCCAGACUAAACGAAUUCAGAGUCCUUUACAAGCAGGCUUUUUCUGAAAGUACAUUGGACAAGGUAUCUUAUAGAAUGAAAAUAAUUUUUUUUUAAAUAUUAUGUAUGUUAAUAUUGACCUUAACAGAGUGAAUAAAAUUUUACUACUCAUCUUUUGAAUUCAACCCACCCUAAAUACUCCGCAAAUUGUUCAAGUUCAAACUAUUAUAAAAUAAGUUUUUAAUAAACUAGAGAAGCAAUAUUCUUUCAGAAAAUGAUAAUUUAUAGUUAUCAUUUAUAGACAUAUGGAAAAUAUUUGUGAAUUCUUUCAUUCACUACCUUCAACUUUCUGUCAAACAAAAUAUAAGGGAGAAUGCACGAAAUGAGUUCAAAAAUUCCUUUUCAUUUGAAGUCAUGAAAUCCAUUUUUUUUUGGUUGUAAUUAAUAGUCCAGAACAUAUACAAACAUAAAUAUUUUUGGGAUCAAAUCUGUGUCAUUUUCUGUUCGAUUUCCACCCUUUCCCAAACGAAAUUUUCAGUAACAAUAUGGCUAAGCUUAGGGAUGACAUCGUCAAGAUCUGAUUCUUCUCUCAACAUCACAGCUAGAGCUAAUGCUGUCAUUUCUAGCAUGUGGAAUAUCUCUGAUAUCUUUGCUUUCAUUUUAAUAUAAUUUAAAUAAUAAUAAAGAAAUUUUGUGUUACCUGGUAAUUUUGGAAUCCCAAAGGGGGACCCUCUCCGGCAUCAGACAUGGCCGUGAAAAAAUUUGGGAAAAUUUCACACCCCUUUAAUCACAAAAAAAUCCCUGAUAAAAUUGUGUAAACACACUGAUGGUAACAGAAAUAGGAAGCACAUUCUUUUGCUUAGACUUAGAGUGAUUUCCCCUUAAACAAUAUUAAUUAAAUAAAUUAGCAUUUUUAAUGACGAUUUUACUGACGGCCAAUUACUGCACUCAAUAAUUUUAUUAUCAAAAUAUAAAAUGAAAUUCUAUUACUGUAAAAUUACAUUCAAACUUCAUGCUGUUUUGCUACAUAACAAGGUUAAGAAUGGUGAACUCUUAUGCAAAUAAGUUACAGGAUUAUAAUUUUGGGUGUAUGGUAUAAUAGUAGUUUGGGCAUAUUCUGGAUGUCCAUAGUUUUCCACUUUUUACAACGCUUUUCACAUCCAGCAGACAAUGAUUUUAAAAAAAACAACUUGAAUACCAUAUGUACUCGUUCAGUUUAUCAUGUCACUUUUUUUAGAAACAUUUCAAGCGUAUAAGUAAGUACUAUAUUAGUAGGAUGAUCGACUUAUGAGCAGGUCAUUGGAGAUUUUAAAAUAAAUUUUUCCAUGUACAUUGAUUCUAUUAUAAAAAACAAUUAAAAAAACGUAAUUAAUAGAAGUCAAAAUAAAGCUGUACACCAUAAUGGCCCUCAUGCAAAAAAUUUAGUCAUAUGUUUUGGCCUCAUUUUGUGACUGCCGUACUUAGAAUAUCAAAGCAUCUACAUUGAAUAAUGAAACUGUUUUGUUAUUGUUGAUCGCAAAACUCCUAUUUUUGUAAAUGUUCUGUAUGAUUACCGCAUAUACCAGUAGACACGCAUAGCAAGUAUCUGUGUUUAUAAUACUGCAUGGUUAUUAGCUUUUAAGUUAUUAAUUAGUUUUUAAAGUUCAGUUGUUUUUUUUAAUACAUUUUUUUCUUUAGUACUGUAUUCCUUCUACUGGCAUAUUAUUUUUUGGGGUCGGCUUAUGAGCGGGUCACACACUUUUCAGUCUUUUCUUUUUCCAAUCAGAACUAAGGGGGUCGGCAUAUGAACAAACUGGCUUGUGAAUGAGUAAAUAUAUUUAUAAUAUUUAUGUGUUUUAUUAAAUGAUUAAGUAUUUUUAAAUUAUAGAAUCUCUAGAACAUGAAGCUAAUUUAUAGAAACAUGAAUGUCUAUGUAAAGUUCAAGGUAUAUAUUCAACUAAUAAAGGAGACAAAAAAGAAAAUAUAUCGGUUAUAGGACUAGUUCAGUUAAAAAGUUUCAUCUCGGUUUUGACUGUAAUUAUUCAUUUAUGUUUCACAGACUUAAAUUUGCUAAGUCAAUGUCUAAUCCCAAUGUGAAUGAUUGCAUUUUUAAAUAGUCCAGCCAGACAUUGUGUUCAUAAAUAAAAUUAUAUAAGACCUUUAAAGUUAGAUAAGGUAUUGUACAAUAAAAUUCCUAGUUCAGGGCUGUUUCAACCUAGGUUUUGUUAUUUUUUUUAAUGUGUGGUUUAAAAUUUUUCUAGAAAGCAAAUUAUUACUUUUAACACAAGUUUAAAAAAAUAUUUAAAGCGACAUCCUAUUUUUCAAGAUGUUUCAAUUAUCAAGGGCACAUCCAUAAAUAACGACAGACAAAUUUUGCCCAUUUUUUGACCCCCCUCCCCCAUUGUCACAAAAAAAUGGACCCCCCCCCCCCUUCUCACCCCCAAAUAAGUCACAAAUCUCUGCAAAUCACCUCACCCCCCCCCCCUUCUCACCCCCAAAAAAGUCACAAAUCCCAGCAAAACACCUCCUAUGGAUAUCAAAUUUCUGCACCUGCGUACAUUGGUUCUUAACUAGUAAAAGCCGCCCCCCCCCCCCUGAGGUGCAGAAGACCAAGAAAAAUGUAUUUGCUGCUAUUGUUAGUUUUUAUGUAAUUUGAUUAGCAGCAGUAAAUUUUUUCUGGUUAAUUUUGUUUUUGCAUUACUUGUAUUUGGUAAUUGUUUUUCACUGUUAAAAGAAAGUUAGUUAAAGAAAUAAAACUAUGAUAACUAAUUUAUUCAAUUAUUUUCAGAAUUAACAUUUUAUUACAAUAUAAUUUAUAGGUUUUGGGGAGGGGGCUGUUUAAAGUGAUGGAAAAAGGCUAAGAAUCCUUGCCCUAGAGUAUUUUCUAAGAUCCCCCCCCCCCCCCCUCCCCCCCAACUUUUUUUUUUAGUUCCAUCCCACUUCACUUGGUAGUUGUAAUUCUAUGACUCCCGUCUCCACAUUUGGGCAUAAAUAUAUAUUCUCCGAGCUGUCAAAGUCACUACACCCAUAUUCUCCUCCUCCGUGGCAUCCGGUAACUUGAUCAGAUGCCACUUUUCGGACUUGCAUACCUCUACUGAUUCUCUCAGUGAUCGUAGUUUAGAAGUAAAAUAAUUAUAAUUGUUAUAUCAACGAAUAAUGUUUAAAAUAUUUAUAAUUUAGUGUUAUUAAGUGCAUUUUUUAGUAUACUGUUCUGCUUUUCAUAAAAAUGGGACUUUUUUCGCAUAACAGAUUUCAAUGUUUGAUACAGUGCUUGAGGCAAACUAUUGUAUAUCUCAAAUUUGUCGUUGACAUUUGAACAUCAUCUUGUAAGAUGAAGUAGCUUCUUAUAUGCACACCAGUGGCUAAAGAAUCCACUUAUAUAUGUGUCUGCUGAACUUCUAGCUAGUGAAAUUUGAAGUAACAUUCAAUUAACACUCACCUGUUAUUCAGAAGGGUACCAGUCAGUGUGUCUGUCUUGCACACAAUUAAGCACCAACAAGUGCAGUAAAGUCUAUUGUAGGAAAAAAUCAAAUAUAUUUCUUAAAUUUAUAUUAUUGUUUUAAUUUUGAAUGUUUUACAAUGGGGUUUGCUCAAAAUUUAACAACUUGUUUACACUAUCAAACUGACUACAGCACACUGUGCUUCAUCAUCUGUGAAGAGCAAUUCAUAGAUGAUGAUAAAAUUCUGACUUGGCCUUUGCCUUAGCAUAGAGGUGAUUUCAUUUGAACAGCUUGCCAUCAGAUGUGGUCGAGCUAUAACUCCAUAGAUGAACCCCUUAAAUGCCUACUCAAGGAGAAGAAAAUGGCAAAAUGCAUGUGUGGAAGAACACAACCAUGCACUAGCCAGGGUAGGUCUUCAAUUUUCCACAUGUCUUCAUGGAGCCAGAACUAGAGAACAGUCAGCAGUUGUGGUAGAUAGCACAUUUUAAUCAAAGAGCAUGAAAAAUCUGCUUCAGUUGACAAGUGAAAUGCCUUGACAUUGACAGGUCUAUAAAGGCAAUGAAUCAGAGGCAUAUGCUUGCCACAAGAUUCACUCUCAGGAUAUGCAUUAAAUAAAUAUGUAGUUUAGGCCUAUUGAGUAUUGAUAGCUAAAUAGGAACAAAAGAAGCUUAGAAUGCCCCAGCAAUAAAUAAUUUUUCUUAGAUUAUUUAGAUGAAUUUUGAAAACCACUGCUCUACUUACUUCAGCCUACUAGGUAUUAGGUUUAAACUUAAUGUAAAUGAAUAAAUUCUAUGUAAAAUAUGUGUAAUGUGUAGGCUUAGGCUUAAGCUUAAAAGUUUAAGCCUAUUUCAAUCUUGGCCAAUCCAGAGAACCCAGUCCCUACAGCCUAGACUACUACUAGAAGAAGAAGGCACUCUAUAAUUAAUAAAUUUCAAACCAAUCCAUUUGCCUUUAUUUAACACUUCAUUGCUAAACACUCACUGACUCUAAUCACAGACCAUCAACUAUCAAUUAGUGACAAAGUCAAAGCUUAUCAUUAGCGUUAGGGCAUAUAUAAUAUGUCAUAUAUGAUAUAUAAUUGUAUUAAUAUUAAAGUAUGAGUAUGAUGAUACGUUAUAAAUAUGUAAAAUAAGCAUUACUAUUUAGUACUAAACUAACUACUUUUAUUAUAAAAUUUGAAACUGUUGUCGAUGACUAUGAAAAUAUCAAAGUCAAAGUUUUGACCAUAAAUUAAAAUUGCUGCAUUAUUAAAUUAUUUUCACUCACAUUGGUCGCUAUUAUGUCAAGUCACUCAAACUCAAGUGGCACUCAAAUCUGCACCACCUCUACAGCUGUGCGACUAAAAUGAUAAGGCCAUCAUAAGGCCUAACCGCCCAAGUCUAGUGCAGGGGCCUGGAUAGGACGGGUUACUACACUCGAGUGUACUUGUCACUUAAUUCUUAAUUUAAUCUUGAUUUAGUUUUUUUAAACCCUGCCUUUCUUCGUCUUCGAUCAUCCAUAAAAAAUUCAGAUCCAUUGAUGAAUUGUAUUGUAAAGUUGAGAAGUCAUAUUCGAUGAAGCUCAAUUUAUCCUUUGCUAGCUCUUACACACAAGCGAAUGUAUUAUUUUUAGCAAAAUCUCAGUAUAUCUGAAUCUAUGCGGCUUAUCUAAUUAAUAUGCGUGUCUUCAUCCCACCGACAGUGGGAGAUGACAAUUUUAAUAUUUAUUUCCUUGCUUAUUGUUUUUAAGAGUAACCUCCCUUGUAAAUGUGAGCUCUUUUAUUUGGCUUAUUGGUCUCAAGAAUGCCAAGUUGACAGUAAAAUUAAUUAAGAGAAGGGAGAAGCAAUAGACCCUAUGCGGAAAUUAAUUUUCAUGCUCAUGCAUUUUUUUUCAGUUGAUUUUCGUUGUUUUCUUCUUUUUUUUAAUUAUUAUUAGAUUUAUUUUAAUUUUUUUUUUAUUUGUAGGCAACUUGCUUAGUCAUGGCAUGUUAUGUAAGCCGCUGCCUUUUAGUUUUAAUUCUUUAAUUUAAGUUUUUUUAAUGUUGGAGGCGCGUUCCCAUUCCCAUCGUACAGAGUUUAUGUAAUAUUGACAUACACAGCAACAUUAGGUUGUUUUGUUUUUUUUUUUUUUUUUUUUUUUUUUUUUUUUUUUUUUUUUUUUUUUUUUUUUUUUUUUUUUUUUUUUUUUUUUUUUUUUUUUUUUUUUUUUUUUUUUUUUUUUUUUUGGGGGGUGGGGGGGGGGGGUGUAACUUUCAAUCAAAUGAAUGAGUUAUUCUCCAUAUGAAAAAAAAGCUAACAUUUUGAUGUCCCCCUCGGUCCUCUCCCUUCCAAUAAAAACUAUUUUGACGCCCUUUUUGCCACUUUCCCCAUUAUCGCACCGCAUAGCAAGGAACUGCAAUUCCCAUUUGACGUAAUAAAAGAAUAGAUCUAACUCACUUUUUUCACAAAGUCUUUGAUAAGCCGAUAAAUAAAUGAUAAUGCCAUAAUGCAGUAAUUAAUUUUAAUUAACCUUAAGCCUCAAGUCAAGUAGUCUUUGUUAACUUUGUUUUUUAAUUUAACCAUCUUAGGACGGAGCCUUUUCGGGGUGUUGUGCCAAAAAGACGGAGCACUUUUUACGAGCUCGGCACUUGCAUUGCAAAAAAGUUUAUAAAAAAUAUACUAUUUCCUUAAUAUAUGUAAAACUGUUUAUAUUCUUGUAGGAAAUUGAAUGAACUAAUACAAUCUUUAUGAAUCAAACUGAAAUAUCAACAUUUAUGCAAAUGAGCUACCCUGAUUUGCAUAAUUUAUGCAUGUAAUUUUUUUGUUAAACCUAUAAUAAACAUGACUUACUUGUAUCAGUUGUGUGAAUUUUUUCAUGAAUGAAGUCUCAAUAAGUCCUAAUACUUAUGUUUUUGGGAAACAAGGCCCAUGGAGGCCCUUUAGAUACAUCAGGCACAUAAUUCUACUCCUUUUCCAUCCCCCCACCCUAUUUUUAUGUUGUUACAGACACACUGUAACAGGCCCCCAUAUAUGACCUAGCGACCUCCUCUUUCGCUGGAUGUUACUUGAGAAAGUUGUCUGCAUAUCUAUUGGUCUCUCUUAUAAACAUUUGAGUGAUAUUUAGUGUAAAAAAUAGCAUAAAGUACUCAAAUGGGAUGCUUAUGCCUUAUUUAUAGGACCUAUUUUGUCUAAAAAUUCAGAGGGUCAUCCCUGUCUAGUUGAGGACCCCUAAUACUAGUAAUACUAAUCCAAGAAUUCAUAACAUUAGCAUUACCCUCAAUUUGAAAGUCUUCAUUAAUUUCCUGGUUGUUUUCAUCAGUUUCAGUGUCAAAUUCACUGCUAGAACAUCAAAAUUACUAAGCACAGUUUGAUCAGAGUCACUGUCAGACAUGUUCGAAUUUCACGAUAUAGCUAUACUCACACAAAAAAAUUCCUGCACACAAAUAGAUCUAGUUCACCUUCAACGAACGGCGGCAUUACAAUGCCGGGAUGUGCAGGAAUGCGUAAGAAUAUAUUUGAUUUGCCGGUACAACGCCAAGCCAGCUAAUCCUGAGGCUCGAUUUAUCGGGCCGAUUGUUCGGACUCAUGUCUUUCUCGCUAGUCAACCUUGUGGUGAUAGAUCGGCCCUUACGUCCCAAGAGGGUUAAGUUACAUUUACACUCGUCAAAGUCAUAGUAAUUCAUAGUCAUAAUACUAAAGGCCUACAGGCAGUUACAUUUACACUCAUCAUGUUGUUGUUUGUCCGUCGAUGUCGACAAGGACCAUCGAGUCAUCCGGUUAGGGAGAGGGUGGGUUACGGUGAGCUCGUAGGUGGUUUGCUAGACCGAUCCGUGCUCAGAGUAAUCACUGGCACCGCGGGGAGGGGAUAGUUGCUGCAGACGGUGACCUAGUGUUGCUCUUUCGGGCAAGCCUGCGUGUCUCAGCUGUUGUUAUUCUAUUAGCUUCAUGGCAUUUAGCCCCUUUCUAAACAGCUGCUCUCCACCUGGCUCUGUCCUGAGCUGUCUGCACCCAUUGAGUAGGGUUGAUGCUGAAGGCCUUUAGUGCCACUUUCAAUGAGUCUUUGUAACGCUCAUCAUAGCCAUACUAUAGGCCUACGGGGAAAAUGUGAAUAGACUGAUAUAAACUAUUUUUUAUUUAUUAUAAAAUAAGGUUCUACACUUUUUAUCAAAAACUCAAGUAAGGACUAUGCUAUUAAUACUAAGAUAAAACAUUGUAUGAUCUGGGGAUGGAAAAAGUUGAAGAACUUGCUCUGAACAAAAAGGGGCACAGUGAUAAACUUGCUGAAAUCUAUUUGAAAUUGUACUUUCUUAUAGUAAAAUCAAUACUGCAAUAGUAAGAUUAAGUGGCAAAUGAAUUCAAUUCAACAUUGAAAAAAAGAUGAAAUUCCACAAUUAUUCUGAAGAGUUCUUUUGUAGCAUAAUAGUGAUGAUGUGUAUAACAACACAUUGUUGACACAUACCAAAGAAAGUGAUAGUAAUUGUAUCGGUAAUGCAUUACCGGAUGACAUUGCAUUGUUCUAAUUUUUCUUUUUAAAGACUUUCACUUUCAUUCAACUCGCAUUUCCAUCUUGUUUGUUUGUCCAGUGUAACUGUCGCUUAGUUGAUUCAUUCUUCCUCCUGCUGAUCUGUAAGGUCGCAUCUUAUUUCAAAUAAAAGAGUAAGCAAAAAGAAAUUUAUUUAAGUUUCUUCUAAAUUUGAUUAGAAUCUGACUUCAUAGAGUGCCUUACUACCCUUCUGCACAUACUUUCUUUGCACAAUGAAUUUUAAUAAAAAUUAUUUUCUACUUUUUAGUGUGUUUAAACCAGUCUUAAAAAGAGUUGUUUUUUUUAAUAAGUUUUUUUAAUAAGUUUUUUAAAUAAGUUUUUUUAAAUAUUUCUUUUUACAUUCCCUUCUAUAGUCUGGGCAGACCACCCCAUCCCUCUUCUCCAUUACUUUUCAUUAUUUUUUUCACCACUGGUCUAUGAUAAAUUAUUACCGGUUUUUAAAUCAUUUUAAAUAAUAUGGAUUGACUUCAGUUUGCAGUAUUUUCCUCACAAAUUAGUAUUUAUAAUUUAUUAAAUUAGUAAACUAUAGUCUGGACAGACCACCCCAUCCCUCUUCUCCACUACUUUUCAUUCUUUUUCUCAACACUGGUCUACGAUAAAUUAUCAUUUAAAUUAUUUUAAAUAAUAUGGAUUGACUUCAGUUUGCAGUAUUUUCCUCUCAAAUUAGUAUUUUAAUGAAUAAACUAGCAUUGUUUCACGGAGAUACAACACUAACAAUUUGUAUUGUCUUUAAAAAAUUUAUUUUAAUGUCCCAUAGAUACAAAAGUAGUUGCACUUCAUAAAAAAAUCUUACUUCCAUUAAGUUUAAAGCAGAAGUGGCCAGGUCCUAUGCGUCCCGCCACGUCAAAUACUUGGUUAACUGAUUUAUCACAAAUAAACAUAUUCCUUUGAUUGGCAAAGAAAUUGAUUUUUUAACGUUUAGGGAAAGAACAGAUAAAAUGUCACUUUGGUUUAGCUCUGUUUCUUUUUAUUUAGCAUUUCAUUGUGAGCAUUAAGAAUAGAUAAACUUUUCUAGACACCAUUUAGUGAGUGUUCAUUUUAAUAUAAGUUGUAAUGACCUGUGCCCACAAAUGGUUUUAUUGAUAUCAAAGUGGCCCUUCGAAGCCUUUUGGGUUGGCCAAACCCCUGGUUUAAAGUAUUUUUGUAAAUAAAUCGAUAUUGCAUACUUUGAAAUUAAAUUAAAUAAGUUAAAAUUGAUUUAUUUAUUGUUGUAAUGUAAUGUAAGCUACUGUAAGUUAAGAUUUCAAAAAAUAUUUUUCAUCAUAACUCAUUCAGAUUGUGGUACCAUACUUUGUAGUUAGCAAACUAAGCAAGUUUCGUAGAGCUUCAAUGUUUGUGCCAUCUCCAACAUCAUUUGUGAAAAAUGCUCUCAACACAGUUGGUGUGCAGCCUCGCACCACUGGCUACUGGGCUCACGAAAUUCAGGUAAUUAUAUCGGGGCCAUCCAUUUUAUUAUUUUAUGCACCGGGGUGGGGGGAUUUUGGAGAUUUUCCAUAUGUGCGUCUAUCAGUGUUGCAAUAAUUAUACUAAAAUUCUGACAGUCUAUGAGCAAGUUAUUUAUCUGACAGUUAAAAAUAGCCUAUUUAUCUCCUAAAAAUCUGUGAAAUCCACGAUUUCUAAUUUCUAUGGCUAAGAUAAUAUCACUGCAACCUUUCAUAAUUAUUGUCAUACUGUCGCUGGUGUUUUUACAAGUAAAUUUUCUAUACAUCAAUCUAGUUACAGUAAUAUUUAGUCCACUUUUUGCAUGUGGAUGGUUUGGUAGGUGCAUGUGACUUAAUAUUUUCUUUGGCUAUUCCAGUGUUUCUUCAAAAAAUGUUAAAUUCUCUGUGCUCUUGUCAAAUAUAGUUUAACAACUACACAAAAGUUUUUAAAUCAAAGGGCCUGGUAAAAAUGAAUAAAGCACCUAUGUAGGUCAUUAUGAGCAAUCCCCUCACAAUUUUAGGAGCUUGUGCAAACAGUAAUUAAGUGAGUUAUAUUUUUGCACCAGGGCGGCUAGAUGUCUUGUCCUGGUGUUUGGUCCCAUUGGAUUGAAAUUGGAAAUAAAAUUAUGAAAAUUGUGUAAUUAUUUCGCUCCACCACGUGAAAGUGAUGUGGCACACUUUUUGCAAACACUGGGCUAUGCCACACAGACAACGCAGAAAACAGUGACACAUUUUUAUAUUUUUCUCUAAAUGUAUAUGUUUUUUAUUUGAGGGUGGAUUGACGGCUUACUUUUAAAUACACAGUAGGGGUGUGGGCUCCAAAAGUAUGCAUGCAGCAGGGGGAUUAAUGGGGAUUGAAAUUUUCCCUUCUUAGAUUUUGAUUCAAAUCAAGAUUGAAGAACUAGUAUUGUAGCAAUUUUGGAGCUUUAAAUGUCAGGUUUCCCACAGAAUAAUAAAUACGGUGGGCUUGUGCUAGACCAGGCUGGGCUUGAAGUGUAUACAAUAUUUAGGGGGAGGGGUGGUUGUAUAAUUAAAAAGCAGUUCACAUUUCAAUUGCUUUUGCAGAGGGAAAAAAAAAACAAAUUUAAGUUUAAGUUGGUCACUUAACCAUGUAUAAUCCUCUGCAUAAUCUAUUUUUGCUCAUUUCAUUAAUAAAUCUACAUCAUAAAUUUUGCUGCCAAUAUAAUCAGCUUAUUUAAUGUUUGUAUCUAUGAUAAGAGAGUUUGUUUUUUUUCUUUUUCAGGAUUUUUACAUGGGAUUUAUUCCUACAUAUUUUGCCAAAAACUUUCUCAUGAAAGCUAGACAGCAGGCUUUGAAAAGAAAAGCUGGUGCAUCUAAAAGCCAGUAACUAAAAAUUUUUAUUUCUAAUUGGUUUCUUCAUUCAUUGUUUCAUAACUAGACAUUGAAUUUCACAGCUUUGAAACAAGAGAAAGAAUCUUUUAAUAUGUUGCUAGAGCUUUUGUUAGAUUUUUAUUUCAAUAAGUGUUGUUGUUGUUUUUUAGUGCUGUUGUGCUGGUUUUUUUACAUUCAGAUUAAAGCAAAAGUAUGUUUUUA